UCUAUUACCUUGGAACUGCGUAUGUUUAUGAAUCCGCGCUAAUCUAACGGAACCAUUUUUUUUUUAAGUUACAGAGCACGCUUGACAGCGAGUUGCCGGCUCGUGUUUUUGCCUCUCCCCCGCCGUACGACACCUUUUUCAUAAAAAUACGUUUACAUGUCAUCCAAACACAAAUUGAUCUACAUGAAAGAUUAUAGCAUGUCCCCAGCGGGAGAGCGAGAGAGCAUGGCCCUCCGGCAGUGUGUUCAGGCUCGGGUGCAGCUGGAGGAGGCCAUCGCUGGAGUGAUUAAAGCUGAGGUCCAGCUCAGGGGGAACUCUAGAGAGGUGAAGUCCCAGCUGCACAGCUGUAUCAGCAGGCAUUUGGAGACGCUGCGCUCGCGGGAGGUUUGGCUGCUGGAGCAAAUCGACCUGUUGGAGCACCUGAAGGCAGAAGCUCUGCAGCAGCAGUUACAGCAGCUCCAUUGGCUCCGGGGCCAGUUUGACAUCCUUAUCCAUCAACUGCAAAAUUCCAACAGCAGCAACCUUGCCAGCCAGCUUACUAGCUGCCUGGAAAAGUUUUCGGGUCUGAAUCUGAGUCCCGAGGAAACGCCAGAGAUGAGUUUUGAAGCGGACGUGCGCUCCUUGCGCCAAGCCAUUACCUCCUUUGGGACCAUUUCCACUCAGCAGAUGUUGAAUACCUCCAUCUCCAACCUAACCAGUCCAAGAUCAAGCUCUGCUGAGGAAACUUGGCUUGUACAGAACUGCCCCGUCACUGCAAAGAGACAGAAGCUGGCUCAAGAUUGGGGAGGCCCACUUGCCCAAUGGCUACUCACCAGCAGUCAUGUGACCAGUGCUCCAAUUGGCUACCAGUCCAGUACUGACCCUCAGGAUUGGCUGUUAACCCCUAAAGAGAAACUUCAGGCACAUUGCCCACUUGUCCCCUUUGACUUCCAGAAGGCCUGGGGUCAGCUCAAAGAUCUAGAGGUGUGGCUCCUGAAGGAGAAGUCACCUGCACGUGAGCGAACCAACAGCAAUGUCAGCACCAACAGCUCAGCUUUCUCCAUCGAGAAGAUUGAGGAGAGUGACUUCCUGGAAGGGGAAGUUGAGGGAGUCCAAAUGGAGAAUGAUGAGGAGACUGAUAACACUGAGGCUCUCGAUGACUGGCUCAUCACCCCUAAAACCAGCAAGUCAAUCAAGACCAGCCCUCUUUCAGAUGCAGAGCAGUGGAAGCAGGUGUUCAAACCCUUCCAUGAGAUUUUCUCCCCCAGUGAAUGGCUCCCAACGUCAGACUGUGGCUCAUGCUGCACCUCACAGGUCAAGGCGGUGGAGAUUGAGAAUCUGGGAAAGCUCAAGUGUCUGAAAACUCCCCUGUCUUCAGGUGCCUCUACUCCCACUGCUCCCACUCUUUCUUCUGUGAGUCCUGAUCCAGUGGAGGUUUGGCUCCAGCAGGUCAUCCCUAUAGAAAAUAACUGCAAAGCCAACGAGAUGUGUUCCAGCUAUGCUCAGUGUGUGUGUGAUACCAACUGCGGGAAGGAGGCUCUGAGUGCUUGGCUCCUUAAGAAAGAGGGCAGAGACAAGAAUGGUGUGCCCAUGGACAAGAAUGCCACCAAAAAACCAGCCAUGUUACAGCAACAGGAGCAGAAGGUGCAGGCCAUCCUGGACGCCUGGCUCCAUCCUGGCAAAAGAAUAGAAGCUCCGUAUCUGUCCUCUCUAUCAGGCUGGGUUUCUCCAUGCAAGCUUGAGGGUAUAGAAAAAGCCACUCAUGACGAGAAGCGCCCACACAUUAAUUUGCUCAGAGAUUCUGAGAGUCCCUUUCAUAAAGCCCUGAAACCUGAGAAUUGGGUGCUGCCUGAAAAAUGCACCGAGAACUCCAGCAAGCAAAACACACCAGAGCCAGACACUGAAGAGGACAAAUGGCUCCUACGCAAGAGGGCCAGCAUGCAGGACAAACUCGGUCUUCCCAAUGUAUGUGACUUAUUUUCCUGUCUCAAGCUUGAUGUGGACAAGGAGAAGUGGCUACAUCACACGCCUAUACAGAUGUGAAAACCGAGUCCUAUUCAGCAACCCUUUGGUGGACUUACUGAAUUGCUGAUCAUCUGCCACAAAGUUUUGUUGCCUUAUUUUCACAUUUCUAUAGGAUCUAAGGUCUCUCUUUAACUAUUCUAUUUCUUUUUAUUUUAGUUGUUCAAUAAGUAUUUGCUUAACACAGUGCUCUCAGGAGAGAAUAAGGCUUUCCAAGCAGCUAUCUCCUAACAGAUUGUGAUCUUCAACUAAACCAGGAAAUCCAUGGUAAUAUUUGUGCAGAAAGUGCAAUGCUGAUUCAGUGAAACAAAUUUAUUAUGUAUAAAGAUUAUAAAAGAAUGGUUGAGCCUGAUUUGUGUGAAGGAAAAACAUUCUUUGAGGUGGAGGGAUUGAGUUAUGGGGAAGAAACUUAGAUGAUGUGUUGAGAAAUUCUUGAUCAGCUUCAUUAUUUUUAAAAUCAUACAUUAAAUAAUUAAACAUGUCGGUGUCCUUUUUUUGUUUUGUUUUUGUUUAAUAAAAGUAAUAUGAAAUGA